CUUCUUUGCUCCACCCUCUGCCCUGCAUGCAGUGUAUCUAGGAUUUGCUGAACCAUUGCUGCCAGAAUUGGCAUGCUGAUCCUUGCAGCUGCUCAGCAGAAGCUGGACCUCUGGCAUGAUGCUUUCCUCCCAUGAGCCCUGGACAGCCUUCUUCAUGCUCUUCUUCACCACUGUGCUCCAGUGCUCCUGUUCUGCAGCAGCUGGAGUCUCCAACAUAUCAACAAGCACCAUGCACACAGUCGAGUAUGAACCGCCAUGUCUUAAGGUAGACUUCUGCACACUAGCAGCAGUGUGCUGUCCAACUGGCGUGGAUGAUUACGGAUGGAUUGCAGCAGCUGUUGGCUGGAGCCUCUGGUUUCUGACUCUCAUUCUUCUCUGUGUGGAAAAGGUCAUGAAACUCCGUCCUGAUGAGCCCAAAUAUUUGGUAGCCUGAAGCAGGGCAAGUCAGUGAGCAGCAGUGAGGUUCAGACAGACUGACAAAGCAUUUCUAUCACUUCCUGAGAAACAGAAAAGAACUUGCCUUCAGCUAAAAGAACUCCACACGUAAGUGGGUUAUCUGCUGCGGCUCCGUCCUUCCUGGAAUGCCGGAGCUGCUGACCCAAGCUGGCCACCAUGCACAUCCCAAUGCACACAGACAACAUUUAGUAUCAUAGAAUCAUCAAGGUUGGAAAGAUCACUGAGAUCAUCUAGUCCUACUGUCAGCCUGUCCCCACCAUGCCCACUAACCAUGUCACUCAGUGCCACAUCCAUACGUUUUCUGAACACCUCCAGGGAUGGUGACUCUACACUCCGUCAUUUUCCUGAGCCCAUCCAAACCUGUCCUGAGGGUAAAUCAGACCCUGAAGGACCUGGUACUAGGCUCCCUGCCCUGAGACAACCCAGAACAGCCUUGGGAUUUGAAAGAGCAUUGAGCUGGUUUCUGAAGGAUCAACAUCAUGAGAUUCAGAACUAAGCUGUGGGCCAGGCUGUAUCACUAAAAGAAUGCAACUCAUUGGUUAUACUGAGUAACUUCUGUUUGCUAAACCAAAGUGUUUACUGACACCAAGAGAGACUCUGUUUUGGAAACUUGAGGCUUGUUUGGGCUGGUUCAAAAUUAGAACUAAUUAUUCCACUGCAAUGUAUACAUGAACUGCUUUGUGGGAGGUUAACAUAUUGGUUGUAUCUACUUGGCUUGCACCUGUCGAAAUAAUUAAGACACACUACACCAUUGCAAAUGGAUUUUAAGCCAGUAUGUCCAACUCAGGCACAACACUGGUUCUAUUUACGUAAGAUGAUAAUAAACACUCUUCUCCAUGAAAGGA